AUGGCUAAGAGAACUAAGAAGGUAGGAAUCACCGGUAAGUACGGUAUCAGAUACGGUUCUUCUUUAAGAAGACAAUGUAAGAAGUUGGAAAUCCAACAACACGCAAAGUACGAUUGUUCUUUCUGUGGUAAGAAGACCGUCAGAAGAGAUGCUACCGGUAUCUGGACAUGUAAGUCUUGUAAGAAGUCUGUUGCUGGUGGUGCUUACACUGUCUCCACUGCAGCUGCUGCAACUAUCAGAUCUACCAUCAGACGUUUAAGAGAAUUAGCUGAAGCUUAA